CCCUGAAGACAUUCAGUUAUUUAAGCGGACAAACGGGAGGAUCCAUCACCAUCCCGUGUUUCUAUCGUCAGGAGCAUAAAAACCAUGUGAAAUCCUGGUGUAAAUCAGGAAAUAGCCCCCCCUGCACAUCAGCAACUAAGGCGACACAAACCAAGGGGACCAUUGCUGAUGAUCCCGAUAACUUAGUCUUCCUAGUUACCAUGACCAACCUGCAGCAGUCGGAUUGGGGACAUUAUUGGUGUUCUGUGGCUGAAGGAAGAACUAAGGAAACGUCUGUCAGUCUGUUCUUCCUGGUUACUCCAAAGUUUCAGAGUCUGAGGACUGAGAGCUGGGUUUCUGCACCAAGAGGAGGAUCUGUCACCAUCCCAUGUUACUAUGACCAAAAUAAUGCAACUUCUUACUUGUGUAGAGGAUAUGAAUGGGAUUCCUGCUCCAGAAUAGCACAGUCAGAUGGGGAACAGAGUAGAGGGACAGUGUCAGUCUCUGAUGACCGUGACCAAAUGGUGUUUAAUGUGACCAUAAGGGACCUGCAGGAGGAGGACUUUGACUAUUACUGGUGUGCUGUGGAGGCGUCUGCAGCACAAAGCUAUCGUUCCGUUAUGCCCCUGAUAGUCCGGGAAGAAAUUCAUGUCCCGCCUACACCACAGACAGAAUGGAACCAUCGUACGGCACUGAGAAAAACAGUUUCUUUUUUUCCUCAGUCAUCAGAAAAGAACUCUACAAAUUCCAAUGAAAGUAAGGGGCAGAAACUGAAAAUUGUGGAUUUCAUCAUCUACUCAACCCUCAUCAUUGUAAUUGUGGUGAGAAUAUGGACCUGCUGCAGUAAGUAGCUGAAUCGUGGCCUUUUUUCUCAGACUAAAUGCGAAUGAGGAAACCAAUCAUGUUGAGACUGGAAUAUAUGUCAUGGUCAGUCAUGCUGUUUUGAUUGUGAUUUGAGUAACUAUGAUGUCAUCAGUAGAGAUUAUUUCCAAAUAUUUUUAAACAGGCUGUGUGUCAGGAAGAAAGACAGACGAGUUGAAGAUAGAGGCUCUACAGAGUUUAUUCAUGAAACAAAGAGAUAAACAAACAAUACUGGCAUCAGAAAACAAAUGAAUCAUAUUAAAUUAUCGGUUAAACUAAGUUCACUUUUUCAACACACUGUUAAUAAAUGUGUUAUUUACUGUUAUGAUUCUCACACUGUCCAGUUUCACUAUAGUAAUAUUUAAUCCACACACGCUAUAGUAACUGACCAUGGUUUGGGUCACAUUACACACUGUCUGUUCCCCAUUAGCAGUUACCCAGUGCAGG